AUGCAUAGUAGGCUUAAGCAUGUUCAUCAAAAUUUGAUGGAUAACAAUAAUUGGAGACCUAAUCAAGGUACUGAAGCCAAUAUGGAUACUAGUGAUUGGAGAGGUGGGCUACAGCAGGAGUCACGUCAAAGAAUUGUCAACAAAAUAAUGGACACAUUAAAAAGACAUCUUCCAGUUUCUGGUCAAGAUGGAUUGCUUGAACUUAAGAAGAUUGCUCAAAGGUUUGAAGAGAAGAUUUUUACUGCUGCAACAAGCCAGUCUGAUUAUCUACGGAAAAUAUCUUUGAAGAUGCUUACGAUGGAGACUAAAUCUCAGGGCACCAUGGCUACCCCUCAAAACCAAGGUGGCCCUAGUAGUAAACCUCCCGAUCCAGGUUAG